AUGCCCGACGACACAUUAAACGGAUCGCCAACAACCACUGUUCCAGAUCUUCGUCUUCUCGUAGUGUCUAACCGCCUACCGGUGACCAUAUCUAAAAAUGAAAAGGAAUAUAGCUUCAAAAUGUCUUCUGGCGGCUUAGUGAGUGCGUUGAGCGGUCUAAAGAAGUUAAUGACGUUUACGUGGAUUGGUUGGCCUGGUAUCAAUGUGCCUGAGGAAGAUAGAACCCAUAUGAUUAGCAAGCUGGAAGAAAAGUCUUGUCUGCCCGUGUUUAUCGACGACGAUGUUGCCGAUCGUCAUUAUAAUGGCUUUUCAAACUCCAUUUUAUGGCCUCUUUUCCAUUACCACCCUGGUGAAAUCUCUUUCGAUGAGGACGAUUGGGAAGCUUACCAACGUGUCAAUAGUAUGUUCGCCGAGUCUGUCGCUCAAAUAGUACGAGAUGGGGAUUUGGUAUGGGUACAAGAUUAUCAUCUGAUGCUACUUCCGAGUAUGCUCAGAGAGAAAAUAGCAGGCGUUAAGAAUGUGAAGAUUGGAUUCUUCCUACAUACACCAUUCCCUAGUAGCGAGAUCUAUCGUAUUUUGCCUGUCCGCAAGGAAGUCUUGGACGGCGUUUUAUCCUCUGAUUUGAUCGGGUUCCAUACGUAUGAUUACGCAAGACAUUUCUUGUCGUCUUGCACUCGGAUAUUAGGAUUAUCAACUAUGCCUAAUGGCAUCGAUUAUGAAGGCAAACACGUGCAUGUUGGAACUUUCCCAAUCGGCAUUGAUCCGGAGAAAUUUGAUGAAGGUCUGAAGAAUCCAAGUAUUCAAGAACGGAUUAAAACUUUAGAAGAAAAAUUCAAAGGUGUCAAGCUUAUCGUCGGAGUUGAUCGGUUGGAUUACAUCAAAGGGGUUCCGCAGAAAUUCCAUGCUCUAGAAGUAUUCUUAAGUAAACAUCCUGAGUGGAUAGGAAAAGUUGUCCUCGUACAAGUCGCUGUUCCUUCCCGUCAGGAUGUGGAAGAAUAUCAAAACUUAAGAGAGGCAGUGAAUGAACUGGUUGGGAGAAUCAAUGGACAGUUUGGCACAGCAGAGUUUAUGCCUAUCCACUUUAUGCACAAGUCGAUUAAUUUCGACGAGUUAGUUGCAUUAUACGCUGUUGCUGACGCGUGUCUUGUAUCCUCAACAAGAGAUGGAAUGAACCUGGUGUCAUACGAGUAUAUUGCAUGUCAGAAACAAAGGCAUGGCGUGCUAAUACUUAGCGAGUUUGCUGGAGCGGCACAGUCACUGAAUGGAUCUAUCAUAGUCAAUCCAUGGAAUACCGAAGAACUUGCAACUGCUAUUCACGAAGCAGUUACAAUGUCAGAACCUCAACGUACUUUAAAUCAUCAGAAACUAUAUCGAUACGUAACGGAUGCCAC